AGAGCCCGGUGCUGGCAGUUGGCUUCGUGGUGUUUUUUGGAGGGCAAAGGAAGGGAAGGGAUCUCGCCUGAGCCGUGCAGAGAGAGGGCUCGGACAUGUGUUGUCAGCACAUCUGGGGAAUACAGUCUGCAAGUCCGAAAGGAAAUUUGCUGGGAUCGUUCAAACUGCGAUAUUGAUCUUUGUUAUUUUUUUUCGCUGAGGGAUGCACUUGGCAUGAGAAUCGGAGGAUGGAAAUUGUUUGGGAGGUGCUUUUUCUUCUGCAAGCGAAUUUCAUCGUGUGCAUUUCAGCUCAACAAAAUUCACCAAAAAUCCAUGAAGGCUGGUGGGCUUAUAAGGAGGUGGUCCAGGGAAGCUUUGUUCCAGUUCCCUCCUUUUGGGGCUUGGUGAACUCAGCUUGGAAUCUUUGCUCUGUUGGGAAAAGACAGUCUCCUGUCAAUAUUGAAACCAGCCAUAUGAUUUUUGAUCCCUUCCUAACUCCACUUCGCAUAAACACAGGGGGAAGAAAGGUCAGUGGGACGAUGUAUAACACAGGGAGACAUGUAUCUCUACGAUUAGACAAAGAGCAUCUGGUCAACAUCUCUGGAGGACCGAUGACAUAUAGCCACCGCUUAGAGGAAAUCCGGUUACACUUUGGAAGUGAAGACAGCCAAGGAUCAGAGCAUCUACUCAAUGGACAGGCUUUCUCUGGGGAGGUUCAGCUAAUCCACUAUAACCAUGAGCUGUACACAAAUGUCACAGAAGCUGCAAAGAGUCCUAAUGGAUUGGUGGUAGUUUCCAUAUUUAUGAAAGUAUCCGAAUCAUCAAAUCCAUUUCUAAAUCGUAUGCUUAACAGAGACACCAUAACGAGAAUAACGUAUAAAAAUGAUGCAUACUUACUACAGGGGCUUAAUAUUGAGGAACUUUAUCCAGAGACUUCUAGUUUCAUUACGUAUGAUGGGUCAAUGACAAUUCCACCCUGCUAUGAAACAGCAAGCUGGAUAAUAAUGAACAAACCUGUCUACAUAACAAGGAUGCAGAUGCAUUCUUUACGACUGCUAAGCCAGAAUCAGCCAUCACAGAUAUUUCUGAGCAUGAGCGACAAUUUCAGACCGGUCCAGCCUCUCAACAAUCGAUGUAUCCGAACUAAUAUCAACUUUAGUUUACAGGGAAAAGAUUGCCCAAACAAUAGAGCACAGAAACUACAGUAUAGAGUAAAUGAAUGGCUCCUCAAGUAAGUAAGACAGAGCAGGCAGAACCCAUAACCUCAGUGGAAUGCUACUACUGUGAAUUGACAUAAUCUAGAAUGCACCCAACCUCACUCUCUUUGGGUUUGGACAGCACUGCUAAUGUGCUGUAGGAAAAGAGCUGCCAUGCUGGGAACUCAACUCAAAAUUCAUUCAUAUGAUCGGUGGCAAAUAAAAAAGUAAAAAAGACAGUAUUACAGUAAAUGUGAUUACAAUUUUCCUGAACUAACUUAGCUUCACAAA